UUUCCGUUCGUCAUGGGUUACCAACUCGGGGACAAUGACCCCAAAAACCUGACCGAUAACAGAGACGAGGAUUACGACCAUUGGGUGAAGUACGUCCACGUCACCGUCAAUGACACAUAUGGAAUGACAUUUUACGCCAUGGUGGAAGGGAAACUUCAAUCUCAGCUGGUCUGGAUUGAUCCUCACAAUCUUGUGCCAGAGUAUGGGUGCGACCCUUUACCGAACAACGCCACCCAUCUGCCGUCUUUGGAAGUACACUGGAACGUUUCCAGAGCGUACUUGACCGUUGACGAAAACGUCCCGUCGGAGUGGUUUGACUGGGGCUCCCCUAGUGACAGACGUACCCUCCUGAUCGCACGUUUUCAGCACGUUUAUUCGGCCACACCCACAGUGGCGGUGAACUGCUAUGCGACGCUGGGGGUUUUCAGUGUUGAAGAUGUCACCAUAAAAAUCUACUAUCUCGGUUGCCCAGAAGGAAAAUUUGGCGGCCAAUGCGAACAGAACUGCAGUUGCCCUGACAACGCGACCUGCCACACCCUAAACGGCGCCUGUAAGUGCCCGGAUGGGAGGACGGGACAGUUCUGUGACGAAGCAAUGCCAUUGACAACACACCAGAUGCCAACACUACUGCCUUCGGUGACAACACAGUUGACGUCAUCGAAAACGACUGCAACAGCAAAGACCAUACCACCACCACCACCAUCACGCUUAGCUUUACGAGUUGCCCUUCCAGUCGUGUUAUGUCUUGUCGUUGUCAUUAUCAUAAUUUUGGCUGUCACCUGGUGGAGUUGCUACCGGAAGAGAGAGCCUGUCACUGGCCACACAAAACUCGAGUAUGAGAUUAACCCUCUGUAUGAUGACGAAGGCAUCUAAUAGCUGAUUAAAUUACUCUCCAAGCAGAGGUUAGGCAGCGGCUGUUGCCGUUUUUAUCGGGUUUUCUCUUUUGUACAGUUUUCUUUAUGUCUCUCAGCAAGAAAACGGCACAAAAUAGAAAGCCUGAUAAAAAAAAACAUUGAAAGGAGCAUAUAACUGUACAUAUGAGGCUGAUGUCAGUUGAGCAACAGACAUCUCUACUUGUGUACUUUUUGCCAUAAUCUUUUCCUUACAUGGUCACAAUUUUGAUUCCAUAUGUACAAUGUAAACUAGGUAGCAUCAAUAGCAAGGUACAGAUAGUUCAAAUAAGGAAAUUUGAUUCCCAGAAACAGAAUUGGUGACCACCUUUGAAUAUGGUAUAAAUACUGAGUCAGACACACAAAUGUAAUGAUACAAAAUCCACCUCUGGUUGGCAUACAAGUUACAGUUUAAUCAUAAUCAUAAUCAUAUAUAUAUAAUAUUUAUACACAAUAAUUUCAUAUGAUGCUAGAUUAUGGACAACACAUUUAGUUCAUUCUGUCAUGGAAUAUUUGGAACCUAGACCGAUUGUGACUCAUACAGUACAAUGUAUGCUGUGACAAUCAAUGCUCUACCACAAGAAUAAUCUGACUAUAAAAUAUCUGGUAUUUGGGUUGCUAGACACUAUACUUAACUGGUUGCACUUUAUUUUACAAAACCUGAUGAGGUGACAAACAAAACUUUACACUCAACACUACCUAGUAUGUUUGAGGAUGACACAAUAUUGUACUAACCGAACAUCAAAAUCUGUUAUUUCAUAGUACGAUGACUGGGGUUUUCUCAUAUGUUAACCUAUUGAGUUUGGCUAACUACAUCUUAUGUAGCGAUGUGGGUUUCUUAUUCUGUGUACAAGAGAGCCAAGCAUGGAAAGUUCACAUAACAUGGCGCAAUUAAGGAACAAUUCACAAAGCUAUGUCCAUGUAACUAGUACUAGUAGUAGGGACAAGCUCACAAUAUAUAUUACGACCUCAGCAUUACCUUAUAAUUAUGGAUUAAUAAGGGUAAAGUUUUUCAGCCAAAUGUGUUUAUGAGCACAAGCAAUUUGUUCACUAGUGUUUUUAUCAUAUCUUACUUAAUAUAUCAUACAUACCUAAGAUCAUAUCCUUUAUACUGUCAUUAUUUCUGAUACUUUUACUGGACAAGUGAGAAUUUUUAUACUUACUACAGGAAUAAAAUUGCUAGCUGAUUUAUAUUUUUCUAGGCUUUUGCUUUUAACAGUUACUAUAGAAAUAAAUUUUUGAUUUUCACACAAUGAAUGCAGCAAAGAAACAAGAUUCUAGCUUGCAUAACACUAGAUUUGAAUACUAUAAAGAUUUUCUUUGGGUGGUUCACUGAAAAAAAAUCACACUUGGUCCAACUGCUUUCGUUUAUCGAAAGUGCCCCCCUUCAUUCGUAACUCAACAUUUCCCUCAUCAAUAUUUUAAAAUCAUUCAAGAAGACGGCGUUCUUGAACUUAUACUUUGACAAUCCAAGAUGGCGGCAUCCCUAGUAAUCAAGGGUAAAACGGAACACUGUUUGCUUUCACAAACCUGCAAUGAAGGUAAGUAAUCCCAACUGUCAAAGCUCCAUAUCAAAAGUCUACAUCAGUAUACGAGCGAUCACUGUUGUUGUUUAUAUCCGGGGUAUUCGACGGCUGGUGCCUACCAGGACGUCAGCAGAUUGGAUUAAAAAUUGAUAUUUAGAUUAGCCGAUCAAAUUACAGGUUAAUAUGUAAAUCAAUCUUUUGCCAAACACCUGCCUUUUGCCUACCACUGCGUCACCGUGACGUCAUUGCGAUCGCUCAUAUACUGACAAACCUUCUCCCUGCUCCAAAUUUAGGACCAAAAGGGAGAAGGUAAAAGAUUUCUGCUCAUCACCUUGGGAGCACUCUUACCCCUCCACAUUACAUCUUUUGCACUCCCCUUUAAAAAAAGUGCUCUAAAAACAACAAUAGAGAGGUCCAUCUGCGGUCAAAAAACGCACAUUAUUCACGUACAUGUACAAAGUCUGGAGAGUAACAGGAGUAUUACUUUUAGCAUACGGUUGAUGGCUGUGUCACACAUUCAUAUAUAUUUAUAUACCUUACAAAAUGUAAGGGUCGGAUUCACAAAGCUUGGCCUGGAACCUACAACUGUACAAGAGCAGAACAGACAAGACAUUACAAACUCCUUGUUAACAACAAAGGUUCGGUGUCAACCUUGAAAUAGAACAUAUGCAGACAGACAUUCAAUAGUUAGUUUACUCAUUUUCAUGAAUUCUGAUAAUGUUAGUUUAUGGUAUGAAAUAAUGAUAAUAUUAUAGCAUUUUCAUCAGUCUUAGAACAGACAUUUAGUAUUGUUGAAUCAAGUGGAGUGGUCCCAAGCAAUUGUACUGACAGUGUUCUUGUUUAUGGUAACUAUAUAAUUUACUAUGUUAAUAGAUAUACAUAAUUUUAUAAAUGAUUAAGUUAAAUUUAAGCAAUAUGCAUUACAGGUUGAAUUGAUGAACAUAACCUGAAUCAAACA